AUGCCUAUCGAAUUUGUUUGCAAAAUCAAAUUUGCAGAGGAGGAUGAGAAGCAGAAAAGCCAACAGGAUGGGGACAAAGAGAGCCUGAUCGAGGAGAGCUGCUCCCCUCCGGCCAAAGACCUGGCCAGGUUCGCCAACUCUUGCUCCCUCCAUGGGAUUAACCACAUCUUUGUGUCGGGACGCCUGGGCAUCCGGCAGACUCUAUGGGCACUGGCCUUUCUCACUUCACUGGCUCUGUUUCUGUACCAGGCAGCCAAAUGUGCCAUCUCGUACCUGGAGCACCCACACGUGACCGCUCUGAAUGAAGAGGCCACUCCGGAGAUGGUCUUUCCCGCCGUCACCAUCUGUAACAUCAACCGCUUUCGAUUUUCCGCUCUCACCGAUGCCGACAUCUACCACCUGGCCAACCUGACCGGACUGCCCCCCAAGAAUCGGGACGGACACAAGCCCUCGGACCUGCAGUACCCUGCACCCGACAUGCAGGACAUCUUCAACCGUACAGGACACCAGCUGGACGAGAUGCUCAUGAGUUGCAACUUCAGCGGACAGAACUGCUCCGUGGAUGACUUCACUGUGGUGUACACGCGAUAUGGAAAAUGCUACACUUUUAAUGGCAACAAGACCGCGCUGAGGAAGACCAAGCAAGGCGGGAUGGGGAACGGACUCGAGAUCAUGUUGGAUAUACAGCAAGAUGAGUAUCUGCCCAUCUGGAGGGAAACUAAUGAGACUUCUCUGGAGGCUGGGAUCCGGGUGCAGAUCCAUAGUCAGGACGAGCCCCCUUACAUCCACCAGCUGGGCUUCGGAGUCUCCCCGGGCUUCCAGACCUUUGUGUCCUGUCAGGAGCAGAGGCUGACCUAUCUGCCCCAGCCCUGGGGGAACUGCCGCUCUAGCAGCAAAGAGAAGUUCCCUGGAUACGACACGUACAGCAUCAGCGCCUGCCGCCUGCUGUGUGAGACCAACGAGGUCAUCCGCGUCUGCAACUGCCGCAUGGUGCACAUGCCCGGAACAGCGGAUAUCUGUCCUCCCAGUAAAAUCGGCUGUGUGGACAAAGCGCUGGCCCAGUUACAGAAGACCAGUGGAGAGUGUCCAUGUGAGACUCCCUGUAAUCUGACACGUUAUGGGAAAGAGCUCUCCAUGGUGAAGAUCCCCAGUAAGGGCUCUGCGCGGUACUUGUCCAGGAAGUAUGACAAGACAGAGGACUACAUACGAGAUAACUUUCUGGUCCUGGAUAUAUUUUUUGAAGCUUUGAACUACGAGACCAUUGAACAAAAGAAGGCGUACGAUGUUGCAGGAUUAUUAGGCGACAUUGGUGGACAGAUGGGCCUGUUUAUUGGAGCCAGCAUCUUGACAGUGUUAGAAAUACUGGAUUAUAUCUAUGAGGUGAUCAAGCAGAGGAUACAGAGGCUACUCCGACCACAGAAAGAAGAGAAGAAGAGUCCGCAGAGAGCAACAGUCGCCACUGUGAAGCUAGAGGAAAUGAAAACAAAGGAACCCAAUGACAUGCGGAGCCAUCCUGAAGGAGCAUACGCCAACCAAAUCCUGCCUUUGAAUCACCACCCUAUGCCCCACCCGCACCCCCAACAACUACCCCACCCCCAGCAGCUGCCCCACCCAAAGGCAGUGCCCCUCCCACAAGCAGUGCCACACCAAAAGGCAGUAGCCCUUCCACAAGUAAUGUCCCAUCCAACACCUAUUCCCCAUUCACAAGCUAUACCCCACCCACAAAAUUUGCCCCACCAACAGCCCCACCCCAUCCCACACCCCCACCACUCUACGGGGCGACGCGGGGUGUUUGAGGACUUUGCCUGCUAGAACCACAAUAGACCAUCCUGGACCUGGGGACAUCAAAAGAUACCCACAAAAGAACUUUCGUAAAUAUCUUUUGCUGUCUUCGGUGUUAAGCUACAGCCAAAGUCAAACACCAAACUUGUGCUGCUAACAAAUCACUUAUGAAAUAAAUGUAGGCACAACUCUCUCCGAUCUGGAUGGGAACUCAAACUUGUGGGGCGAUUUUGUGAUUUUUGGGCCAAUUUUGUUUUGGUACAUGAUCACAAUACAGGGACAAAAGGAGGACUGCAUGUCACCUUGCUCCGGACAAGGAAAAGUAUGGUUUAUUUAUUCAGAAUUUCAACGGUGACAAUAUAUUUUUGUCUGUAUCUGACUUACCUCCUUCUUCAAUACACUGUACCAUAUCCAGCCAUAACACAUUGGAAAUUAUGUAAUUAUUUAAUGAUAUAAUAUUAUCACUUUCUAUUGUAAACAAGCUACAAAUACUUCAGCUCGUGUUGCAUUCAUCCAAGGAAGGGGUAUUUCAAACUGUGAUUCUCAACGGGUGGGUUGGGGCUCAGUAGUGGACAUUAUAAAAAAUAUAAGCAGCUUUUUAUAAUUUAUGUGUAUUAGAAUCCUUAAUAUAUAAUUAGAAACUCUAGAAAGACUUGCAAAAUGUAAUCCUCUACCAAGGCGUUGGUCUGACUCUGCAGUGUGUAACAGCACUGGAAUUAGCAGAUUUCAAUUCAUGUCUCACAUUGGUCAAAUUAACUCCUCAAAUGUAAUCUCUCAUUCAUCCAUCUUUACAACACUUCAUCUGGCAUCUGACUAAUUUCUGGGUCCUGUACAGGGCAGGUAAACAAGACCAGGGCAAGGUAACUCCUCCAAUAAGUCAGAGCUAUUCUAUCUCCUCUACCCUUUGGGCAGUAUAAAUUCUAUAGCUCCUCACACCAGUACCUUCAGAUUGAAAAUGGCUUCCGGAUAGCAAUCAACAUCCUGAUUUAAAAAGACAUUGUCCAGAUUUCCAACAUUUCCACCAAUGUUUGGCUCUAACCUGAAAUGGUGCUGAAUCUAAUCCCAUAAACUUUCUUAAUCUUGUAUUUUAUAUCUCUGAGAAAGCAUCAAGCUUUUUUAUAUUUUUUAUUUUUGGGACAUUUUUUAAAAAGUGUAUGAUACAGUAUUGUGAAAAUGUUGAGUCAACCUAACCCCUUAGCCAUAAUGAGAAUCAUUUAUGGCACAUCACAAUACUUAUCGUUCCAACAGACAAACAGAACAAUAACACAAUAAUCCUAAAAGAGUACCUUCUUGGCAGUGGAUUAUAUUGUUGUGAAAUGAAAAUAAAAAUGAAAUUGAGCCCCAUCAUACACCAUAGACCAGUUUGAGAAAUACUGAGUUGUUUAAUCAUAGUCGAAGAUCUGGCCUCAUCUAUUACACUAUGUCUGGUCCGUGAUUCAGGUGUUAGAGAGUAGCAUUGUACUUGUACAUAAAGUCUAAAAACCUC